UUCCGGGAAAAAAUGACGGAAUGGACAUCAUCAAAAAAUAUCGAGAGCUGCAGCUGACACGAAUCAUAAUCGUUUUAUUUAUACAUUCAUCGGUUUUCUUGGCAGUUACUUCAAUCACACAAAGUUCAACAGAAGAUCUAACAUCUAUUAAUGCAGUCACAGAUUUACCUGAAAUUAAUGUCAGUACAUCAAAGAACACAUCUCCAGAUGUUAAUUCAUCACUGACUUAUACCCCUUUUGAAGUGUCAACUCCCACUCCAGAGGUUGUGCCCCUUCGAUGCCCGGAUUGGGCUCAUUGUCACACACUAGGACCAGAGUGUCUUGAUUGUCAGUUCAAUUAUCACUGUACUUAUGGAAAGGAUACCUCUGUGAAUUGUACAGUGAAAGAGAGGGUAAAAUGCAUGGGCUCUAGGGAUCAAACUAGAAAAUUCAACUGCCGGUAUUGCUACCAGCUGCAUGAAUCCAAUUACACAUGCAGCAAGGUGAAUGCAACAUGUGCUGUUAGAGAUGCUCCACGUAAACGAUACGUAUCUGAGUGUCAAGUGAGGGAAAAUGUUUUUUGUCUAGGGAACAGGACUUUUCAAAAGCGAAAGUUUUGUAAUUGGACAAGUGGAUACAAGUGGUCAACAGCACUGGCUCUAAGUGUUACACUUGGAGGAUUUGGAGUGGACCGUUUUUACCUUGGACAGUGGAAGGAGGCACUGGGCAAACUGUUUAGUUUUGGGGGUCUGGGGGUGUGGACAAUUGUGGAUGUGAUUCUGAUUGCUGUUGGAUACAUAGGACCUGCUGAUGGAUCUCUUUAUAUUUAAUCAUCAAUUAUAAUUGGUUUUUAACUGUCUUUUCUCAUUUAUGAAGGAAUAAAAAAUACUGCAGUUUAUCAAUUACAUGUUUUAGAAACAGAUAAGUUGCACAAAAUUUAAAAUGCCUACCUGCAAACAACCGUCUAAUUAUGUAUAUGUACAAAGGCAAAAACAUGUAUAAUGUACAUGAUAUGUUUUUUCACUUUGAGCAUAUUUAUAACAUUGAAAUAAUGAAGGCUUUAUUAAUGUAAGAAAAACAUGAAUGAUUAAUAAAUCCGUUUUUAAUGAUAUUUAAGUUGUGAUGUGUUCAAGGUAAUUACUUUUAGAGAGUGUAUGUAUGUGUGUGUGUGUGUGUGUUUCCAAGACUCUGUAUACCUAAUAACAGUAAAGAGUAAUUGUUUUGAAAUGUCCUAUAUUUGGGAAAAAAGAGGAAAUUAUUAUUACAUGUAUUUGUGUCUUUUGUAUUUUAUUAAAAACUGUCACAAGUGA